UUGGGCGGCGGCGACAGCGACAGCGGCAGCGGCAGCUACGGCGGCUACAGCAGAGAUGGACGAAGCUGACUCUCUUCUACCGCCGAGGGGAGGCGAGGCGGUAGCCUCAGCGGCCUUUGCAGAUCCGGGGGAGAGCAGCAGUUGCAGUAGAAACAAAUAUCCCCCCAGUAUGUCAACUGACUCAAUGGAAAUUGAUGAUGCUUUAUACAGUCGACAAAGGUAUGUUCUUGGAGAUUCAGCAAUGCAGAAGAUGGCCAGAUCCCAUGUUUUCUUAAGUGGCAUGGGUGGACUUGGUGUAGAAAUUGCUAAGAAUAUUGUUCUUGCUGGAAUCAAGGCACUUACAAUUCAUGACGCAAAGCAAUGCCAAGCAUGGGAUCUAGGAACCAACUUCUUUAUCUGCGAAGAUGACGUUGUAAAUAGGAGAAACAGAGCUGAAGCUAUAAUUCAUCACAUUGCAGAGCUGAAUCCAUACGUCCAUGUCACAUCAUCUUCUGUCCCUUUAGAUGAAGCAAUAGACCUCUCCUUCCUAAAACAGUAUCAGUGUGUGGUAUUGACUGAAAUCAGGCUUCCUUUGCAGAAGAAGAUCAAUGAUUUUUGCCAUGCACAGCACCCACCUAUUAAGUUUGUCAGUGCAGAUGUGUUUGGGAUUUGGUCACGUUUGUUUUGUGAUUUUGGUGAAGAGUUUGAAGUACUAGAUACGUCAGGAGAAGAACCGAAAGAAAUCUUCAUUUCAAAUAUAACACAAGCAAAUCCUGGAAUUGUAACUUGUCUUGAAAAUCAUCCACAUAAACUUGAGACAGGAAAUUUGGUAACAUUUCGAGAAAUAAAUGGAAUGACAGAGUUAAAUGGAUCCACAAAACAAAUAACUGUGGUGUCACCAUUCUCUUUCAGUAUUGAUGAUACUACUGAAAUGGAGCCAUACUUACAUGGAGGUAUAGCUGUUCAAGUUAAGACAUCUCAAACGUUUUAUUUUGAAUGCCUGGAGAAACAAAUAAAACAUCCAACAUACCUUAUUGCUGAUUUUAGCAAACCUGAGGCUCCUCUACAGAUCCAUGCUGCCAUGCUUGCCCUAGACCAAUUCCAGGAAAAGUACAAUCGAAAGCCAAAUAUUGGAUGUCGUCAGGAUUCUGAAGAAUUAUUCAAACUAGCAACAUCCAUAAGUGCAUACUUGCAAGAGAAGCCUGAAGUAAAUGAUGACAUUGUGAAUUGGCUCUCCUGGACUGCCCAAGGCUUCUUAGCCCCACUAGCUGCAGCAGUAGGAGGGGUUGCUAGCCAAGAAGUAUUGAAAGCUGUGACGGGAAAAUUUUCUCCCUUAUGCCAGUGGCUAUAUAUUGAAGCAGCAGAUCUGUUUGAGUCACUGAAUAAAUCCAACUGUGAAGAAUUCCUCCCAAGAGGAGAUCGAUAUGAUGCAUUAAGAGCCUGUAUUGGUGACACUUUGUGCCAAAAGCUUCAAAAUUUGAAUAUCUUCUUAGUUGGAUGUGGAGCAAUAGGUUGUGAAAUGUUAAAAAACUUUGCACUUCUUGGGGUUGGCACUGGCAAAGAGAAAGGAAUGGUAACAAUUACAGAUCCUGACUUAAUAGAAAAAUCUAACCUAAAUAGACAGUUUCUGUUUCGACCGCAUCACAUACAGAAACCUAAAAGUUAUACUGCUGCUGCUGCAACUCUGAAUAUAAAUCCUCAGUUAAAGAUUGAGUCACACCUGCACAAAGUUUGUCCUGCCACUGAGAUGAUAUACAGUGAUGAAUUCUAUACUAAACAAGAUAUAAUUGUUACAGCUUUAGACAAUGUGGAAGCCCGCAGAUACGUAGACAGCCGUUGCUUAGCAAACCUACGUCCGCUCUUAGAUUCUGGCACAAUGGGCACUAAAGGACACACUGAAGCUAUUAUACCUCAUUUGACCGAGUCCUAUAAUAGUCAUCGGGAUCCACCAGAAGAAGAAAUACCAUUUUGCACUUUAAAAUCUUUUCCAGCUGCUAUUGAACAUACUAUUCAGUGGGCAAGAGAUAAGUUUGAAAGCUCGUUUUCCCAUAAGCCUUCAUUGUUCAACAAAUUUUGGCAAACUUACUCAUCUGCAGAAGAGGUCUUGCAAAGGAUACAGUCUGGAGAGAGUUUAGAAGGCUGCUUUCAGGUUAUUAAGUCACUUAGUAGAAGACCUAGAAAUUGGUCCCAGUGUGUGGAAUUAGCAAGAAUGAAAUUUGAAAAAUAUUUUAACCAUAAGGCUCUUCAGCUUCUUCAUUGUUUUCCCCUGGACACACGAUUAAAAGAUGGCAGUUUGUUUUGGCAGUCCCCAAAGAGGCCACCUUCUCCAGUCAAGUUUGAAUUUAAUGAUCCUUUACACUUCAGUUUCAUACACACUGCAGCAAAGCUAUUUGCUACAAUAUAUUGCAUCCCGUUUACGGAAAAGGACUUGUCAGUAGAAACUUUCUACAGUAUACUUUCCAAAAUAGAGAUUCCAAGAUUCAAACCUUCAAACAAGGUUGUGCAAACAGAUGAGACUGCGAGGAAACCUGACCAUGUUCCUGUUAGUAGUGAAGAUGAGAGGAAUGCUGUUUUCCAAUUAGAAAAGGCCAUAUCAUCCAAUGAAGCUACUAAAAAUGACCUUCAGAUGGUGGUGCUUUCAUUUGAAAAAGAUGAUGAUAGUAAUGGGCACAUAGAUUUCAUCACUGCAGCAUCCAAUCUUCGAGCCAAGAUGUAUAACAUUGAACCGGCUGACCGAUUGAAAACAAAGCGCAUUGCUGGGAAAAUAAUCCCUGCUAUAGCAACAUCCACGGCUGCAGUGUCUGGUUUGGUUACAUUGGAGUUGAUCAAAGCUGCUGGUGGCCUUCCAUUUGAAGCCUACAGAAAUUGUUUCCUUAACUUAGCCAUUCCAAUUAUAGUGUUUACUGAGACAGCUGAAGUUAAAAAAAUUGAAAUCCGGAACGGAAUAACAUUUACAAUCUGGGACAGAUGGACUAUUCAUGGAAAAGAAGAAUUUACCCUUUCAGAUUUCAUAAAUGCUGUCAGGGAGAAGUAUGGAAUUGAACCCACAAUGGUGGUACAGGGAGUCAAGAUGCUUUAUGUUCCUGUAAUGCCUGGUCAUACAAAAAGAUUAAAGUUGACAAUGCACAAGCUUGUGAAACCAUCAACUGAAAAGAAAUAUGUAGAUCUUACUGUAUCAUUUGCCCCAGAAAAUGAUGGUGAUGAAGAUUUGCCAGGCCCCCCCGUAAGAUACUACUUCAGCCACAACGAUUGACAACAACAAUUUUAAAGUCACUCCAGGACCACUUCUUUGGAUGGGAGUGUACUUAACUUGAGUAACUUUUAAAAGUCACAAUACGGUACUAUGUAUUUCUCUUUAAUGAAGCCUUAAUUUAAAAAAGAAAGAAAAUUCAGUAGGAAACUGCACUGAAGAACUGUAAAACAGAAUUGAAUUUAUUGUACACUUGUCCUGAUUCUCUUCAUGCAUUGGUCUAGUCACAAGAAUGUGAGUUACUGAACUGGAAUACCAUUUUAUGACAUUUACCACAACAGAAAUAUAUGUAUUAUCCUGAACCAAUGAAAACAGGAAGAAUAUAUUUGUCAUCCUUUUCAGAUGCAAGCAAGGUCUAAGGAAGCGACAAUGAUCAAGAAUUGAAAGUCUUAGAAAGUGGAAACAGACAAGCUGCUUCUUGAAAUCUUUUUUUUUUGUGGACUUUGAAAAUUUGAGACGUGUUGUUUCUAUGUUUGUUCUAGUGUUUGUUUUGUUCCAGUACCUCAAAUGAUUAGGCUUUGAAACUCAAAUACCAAUUAUUUUGUGGAUGUCUUAGAAAAAAAGAAAAUUUAUAAUUGUGCAGUAAAAAAAUAAUUCUUUUUACGAGCAGCACUCUUCUGCUUCUUGUAAGGGAUUUUGACCAGUCUGCUAUGUCAUCAUCCAUCAUAGUCAUCAGAUAGUAUAUUUAUCUGCCCAACCCAUAAAUCAGACCUUCUGUUGAAAACACCAGCUUAUGGACUGUAAGAUGAGGAUCAGGCAAGGUUCCAUAUUAGCCUUGAUGGAAUAAUUAUGCUAAUUUUGACAAUUGCCUACAACCUACUUAGAGAUUAAAGGGAGUUGAAUGGAAAAUA